UGAUUAAUGCAGACACGAUUACUUGUAAAAGUUUGGUGUUUUAACAUCUCAACACCUGUUUUGUUGCCAAAAAAAGUGGAAAACCUAUUCUCUUAUUAAACAUUUUUGUUUAGCAAACAGUUUCAAGCCGCGCGCAUCGCUGGGGACGCGCGCGCGCGCGAGAGGGGAACGCGCACAUGGUGACACGUUGUGAGACGGGAGGUGAAAGGGAAGAGGAGACGGCGGUGUAGGCCAGACACAGCGCGGGCUGAGCGAGAGCUCCCAACUCUUUGCACCGUCGCGGAUGCCGACCGCGCUGUGGAUACGCCGCUGCACAGUGGGACUUGUUUAUCAAUCCUCUCGGAGGGGGUGAAGGACCGAGUUGACACCCCCCCCCUCGCCCCUCUUCCUGGACCUGCCGAUUACGCUCGGAGCAAUCGAGGAGGACAAAACGGCGCAGCGCGCGCUGGUGACUCCGUUGCUGUCGAGUGUGCAGGCGGUGCAACUGCACGGAGGGUCCGGCGGCUGGAGGGAGGCACGUAGUUUUCCAGGCUACGAAGGGAGGUCAUAUGGGAGGGGGGGGGGGAGAGAUUGUACGGUGGAGGUACUGAGUUGUGGAGCAGGACCCAGUGCCAGCCACGCCACUGCGAGUCUGUCGGCUCGACUUGAGCUCCCGCUGGCAGCGGGGGCCAGGAGUCUCGCAUAGACGGGAAAUAAAGACACCACCCCCGUCAACCCUCCCUUCCUCCCCCCCAACGACUCGGCCCAGAUGUUGACUCUGUGUGUUUGCCGUGCGGGGAAGAUCGCUCUGCCGCGCGGCAAUUAAUGAGCCGCGCUCGAGUUGUGUCGCCAGCGCCUCGCCCUCUCCGCCACCGCCGCCGCCACCACCGCGAUAAGGCGGUGCGCAAAAACGGGAGCCGGGAGAGGCUUCCGCGCCGGGCGGGGAUAAAACCUCGACCCCCGGGGGAGCCCCGCGCUCAACGGAUCCCGUGCGGCGCCACCCACAGAGGACAAUGGCCCUCCCGGCUGCCCUGACCCUGCCGGCUGCCCUGGCGCUCCCGGCUGCCCUGACCCUGCCGGCUGCCCUGGCGCUCCCGGGUCGCUUGGCGCUCCUGCUCGCUGCCCUGCUCGUUGGAGAGACUUUAUCCGGCAACUCGGACUGCCUCUCCCAGCGAUUCGAGUGCGACUCCGACCUCAGCUGUGCUAGUGUGAUCGCCAUGCUGGAGUACAACUGUGACGCUGCAGCGAGCGACCGCGACCCCGCGGCCGACCCGGUCGCGUCGGCCCGCCGCUGCCGGGAACCCCACGACUGCCACGCCACUCGCGCCUUCGCUCAGCUGCGCUGGCCCCGCCUGGCCUCCUGCUCCUGCGGCGGAGGGGAGGAGGGGGACGGAGAUCGGCACGGGGACCCCCGUGCGUGUCUCAGGCUCCGGGGCCUCUUCACGGAGGCGUGCGGGCCCGGACAGAGCGGGCCGGGCGCGGACCCGGGCCGCCCCCCUCGCCGCUGCGCGCCACCCCGGUGGCGCUGCCGGGACGAGGGCCCCUCCUGCCGCGCGGAGCUGGCGAAAGUGACGCGCGCCUGCGGCUCCCGCGCCGAGCGGCCGUGCCCGCGGUGCGAGGAGGCCGCGGCGGCACGGAGGGACGAGCGAUGCCGGCGGGCGUGGGAGGCGGCGCGCAACGCCUCCUGCCUCCACCCCGCGCUCGGCGGCGGCGGCGGCGGUGCAGCCGAGGUGGCGUCCCCUCUCGCCGCCGCGCCUCUCGGCAAAGCCAAAGACGCGGCGGGGAAGUCCUCCGCUGUGGACGCCUCGAGCGGCACGGCCUGGAAGUCGAGCCACCUCUACCAGCUCCUAAGCCCGCUACUCAAUCUACAAUUCAGCAGCAGCAGCAUCAUCAGGCGUGUUGCGGAGAAAUCCUCUUCCUGUUUCGUUCUUCACGCCCACGGGGUGACUCCCUCGCUGCCUCCCGCAGAGCGCGGCCGGGCGGCCUCGUGCUCCGAGACGGUGCCGCUGUGCCUGGGGGACGCGCCCUGCAACCGGCGCGUGGUGGUGCUGGCGCGCUCCUGCGCCGCCCCCUGCGAGCCUGAGCGCUGCCUGGCCGCCACGCGGGACUUCUACCGCGACAUGCCGUACCGCGUCGCCGAGCGCCUGUUGCUCUGCACCUGCGACGCCGCCUCUUCAUCUUCCGCCGCCGCGGCUACGGAGGAGGACGAGGGGGAAGAUGCCGAGUGCCAGGACGUGCGUGCCGCUUUCCACCAGCAAGCCUGCAGCUCGGCGUCGCCCGGGCUGCCCGCCGCCCCGCCGGGCUGCCUGGAUGUGCUGGCCGCGUGCCAGGCCGACCCUCUGUGCAGCCAGCGCUAUGUGAACUACGUGGGCAAGUGCGCUGGCGCCAGCCCCUACUGCACGCGUGACGAGGUGUGCCGACGGGCGUACGUGGCCACGCGUGGCACCGUGCUGCAGAGGGCCUGCGCCUGCAGAGGAGGGUCGGCCAGCGACCGUGAGGCCUGCCUGCUCUUCUACAACGCGCUGCACAAUGCGUCGCACCUCGUUGCUUGCGACAAGUUUCGCCUCGACGGCCUGGAACCGGUGGGGAACGCGGUCUCCGCAGGCUCCCUGGACAAGCUGACAACACCAUCGUCCACUCUGGGGCCCUUGCUCUGGGCGCUGGCUUACUGUGGGGGGCUUCUGCUGGGCUCGGCGGUCGCCUGCCUCCUGCUGCUCAGGUGGCGGAGCAGCGUGAAGCUCAAAAGGCGCUCCCCAACCUCAGAGAAGAGACCCAAGGCCACGUCUGUCGACGCUUUAGGCAAAUGACAGUCACGAUUUAUGCGUCGUAAUUAUUGUUCGUGCAAUCCCUGUAGUGCCGUGGGUGUGGUCGUGAAAUUAUUCCUAAAUAAUAAAAUACUCCGUCUUGUC